AAUAUCUUCAUCAAUUUAAUGAGUAACCAAACUACCAAUAAUUCUUCCAAUUCAACAACAACUUCAUACUCAACAAACUCCACUGAAACUUCUUCAAUUUAUUCCGCCUGUACAGAAAAUUUAACUCCUUGGACAACCAUUUUAACUCUUACUUUGCUUUAUUUUAUUGCUAUACUUUGGUUUUGCAAACACGGCAAAAAUGUUUGCCACCCAACUCCAGAUUCUAUUUUUCCAUAUAUUGAAAGGCUACGAUUUUUGAGGAGAGCCCUCGACGAUUUUCUCGUUGACGACAUAAAUAUUGAAUUGACUGAUAUAAAAUUAGGGCAGGGAGCAGUUGGCUUUGUUUUUAAAGGAUAUGUCGUUGCCAAGUCCCAGACGCGUUUUAGACAAAAAGUCUUCGCUGCAGUUAAAGUAAAUUAA